AUGUCAGUCUCGCGGAACCAGCAAAGUGGCGAUGAUUUAUUCCAGAUCGGGCCUUUGGAAACGGACAAGACAAUUAGCAACAACCGUUUAGCACGGGCAAUUUCACAAACAGACAAAAAGGACGCAAAUGAUAGAUAUCGGGUAGAAGCAGAAGACAACAAUAUUCCUGCGCCACUCGAAUCAAGUUCAUCAAGCGUGGAGCCACCAGCGAGGAAACUUGUAUCGUGGAAAGAUGGAGAUCCAGAGAACCCGUAUAAUUGGUCAACCCGACGAAAAGCAUGGAUCGUGUUCAUUGGCAUGCUGGUGGUGAUAAACAGUACCAUGGGCUCCUCCUUACCUUCGAAUGCUAUACCUUUUAUUAGUGAGGACUUCAAUGUAACGUCAUCAUACUCCCAAAUCUUACCUAUAUCAAUGUAUCUCAUUGGUUAUGUUGUUGGACCGAUAUUUUUUGGACCUCUGUCAGAAACAUAUGGUCGGAGAUGGAUCAUGACAGGCACAUUCGUCAUCUUUACGUUGUUCACAAUGGCAUCCGCACUAGCUCCGAAUUGGUCUUCCUUACUUAUCUUCAGACUCAUUUGUGGUAUAAGUGCAAGCAGUCCGAAUACCAUUGUCGGUGGAAUAUACGCGGAUAUCUAUGGAGAUCCAGUUACACGAGGACGUGCCAUGGCGGUAUUCAUAGGGGGAACUUGUGUCGGUCCACUCGUUUCUCCAGCGAUUUCUGGUUUCAUAUCUCCCGUCAAAGGAUGGCAAUGGGCUUUUUGGAUUGGCCUCAUGGUUGCAGGAGUGACGCUUCCAAUUCUCUUCACGCUUCCAGAAACCUACGGCCCUAUUCUACUUGCUCGUCGAGCUCGCAAGAUCCGUGCGGAAACGAGCAAUCCAAACAUCCACGCACCUAUAGAAUUAGAGAAGAAAGGAUGGAAACAAAUGGCAACCGUCACCUUGACCCGACCAAUACGAAUGUUCUUCUUCGAACUCAUCGUUCUAGCGACUUGUCUCUACCUUUCUUUAGCUUACGGGAUAUUUUACAUGUAUUUCGAGGCCUACCCGAUCGUAUUCAAAGAAAUAUAUGGUCAAUCGCCAGGCAUUUCGGGUCUCAUGUUCCUGCCAAUUGGUGGUGGCACAGUUGGAGCUAUCGUGAUAUUCUUAUUGUACGACUCCUUUUUACGAAAAGAACAAGGGAGAAAUGCGCCCUGGACGCAGAAAGAAGAAUCGCGACGCUUACCGUUAGCAUGUAUUGGUGGUCCCCUCUACGUUGUCGCUUUGUUCUGGCUCGGCUGGACAAGUAAACCCGAAAUUCCAUUCUACGUACCCAUGCUCGCUGGUCUUCCGUUUGGCAUGGGUUUCGUCCUAAUAUUCAUGGCACUACUCAACUACCUCACCGACGCAUAUGAGAUCUUCGCCGCUUCAGCAAUGGGUGCUGCGUCUUGCGCGAGGAGCAUCGCAGGCGCAGUGCUACCGUUUAGCGCCGAUCCGAUGUAUCGCAAUCUAGGCGUGCCGUGGGCUAGUAGCUUGCUGGCGUUUUUGAGUCUGGGAAUGUGCAUUGUGCCGUUUGGAUUUUUGUGGAAGGGGGAUAAGUUGAGGGAGAGGAGUCGCUUCUGUAGGUAUUUGAAAGAGAAGAAGGUUGAUGAUGAGAGAGCGCUUGAAGCGCAGAGGACGAGGGAGGGCAAUAGAGAAGAGAAGGCUUGA